AUGGAGUCAUCACCAGCAGCAUCAAACGAUCGCAAAACCGAGGGGUGGGACUUGGGAGUCGCAGGGCAGGAGGAUGGGGGCAGGAGAAUCCCAUUCCUGCUUCGCCCUCCGCUACAUUUCAAUUUCAACAUCGGUGGGGGCUCCAGCGACUCGUCUCUUCGCGUCUCUGUGGAAAUACAGGGCAGCGCUUCAUCUCUCCGCCUCCCCGCCAACUGUCCUCUUGGCCCCAUUCUCCGUUCCCCGUUCCUCAUUCUCAGGCACCCAUCCUCUCUCCUUCCACUCUUAUGCCGCGUCGAUAGCUCGCCGAACCUCCGAUCCAACUCCCUGCCCGUUCAGGGCGUUCCGUCCAUAAUGUCCUCCUUCCAAUCUCCUCCCCAGUCCUACCAGGGCCACUCCGCGUCGCGCCAAUUCCCCGCGUACAAUCCCGUUGCCGCCGUGACUGCGCCCGCGGGGACCUUCCUCCCGGGGACCAAGGUCCAGGUGGGCAGUCACCGCGUGGUGGUGGAGAAAUAUUUGUCUGAGGGUGGGUUUGCCCAUGUCUACGUCGUGCGGUUGCCCAAGCCCGUCAAUGGCACGGAGACCGCGGUGCUGAAGCGGGUGGCUGUCCCCGAUAAGUCGGCGCUGGCGAACAUGCGCACCGAGGUGGAAACGAUGAAGAAACUCAAGGGACACCGCCAUAUUGUCAAAUAUAUCGAUUCACAUGCUUCCCAGUUGCAUGGGGGCGGGUACGAGGUCUUUCUCCUUAUGGAAUACUGCGGGGGCGGCGGUCUGAUCGACUUCAUGAACACCCGGCUGCAGAACCGGCUGACCGAGCCGGAGAUCAUCAAGAUCUUCUCAGACUGUGCCGAGGGUGUCGCUUGUAUGCACUAUCUGAAACCGCCUCUGCUACACCGCGACUUGAAGGUGGAGAACGUUCUCAUCUCCGGCAAGGGAAGCUCGGCCGUCUACAAGCUAUGCGAUUUUGGAUCCUCUGCCCCUCCUCGCCCGGCCGCCACAACCGCUGCCGAAGGCCGACUGAUUGAGGAUGAUGUGCAGCGGCACACGACUUUACAAUACCGCAGUCCGGAGAUGAUUGAUGUAUAUCGGAAGCAGCCGAUUGAUGAGAAGAGUGAUAUCUGGGCCCUUGGUGUGCUCUUGUACAAACUAUGUUACUAUACAACCCCUUUUGAGGAAGUUGGUCAGAUGGCUAUCCUCAACGCCACUUUCAAAUAUCCUUCAUACCCGCGAUUUUCGGACCGGUUAAAGAUGCUGAUUGCGUCGAUGUUGCGAGAGAACCCGCAGAAGCGUCCCAAUAUCUAUGAGGUGGUGAAAGAGGUGUGCCAUAUGCAGGGCAAAGAAGUUCCGAUUCGCGAUAUUUACUCAAACCGAACGGUCUCCGAAACACGGAAAUACCAGGAAUUGCCUCCGACACCAACAGAAGCUCCCCCGGUGGGAGCAGUGUACUCGCCUCCGGUUCAGGAGACCAAGGUGAUUCCUGAUAUUGCGCCAAUGCGCAGAGGCCGACCCGGAAAGCCCCAAUCAUCACAUAGCUCUGCCAAACCCAGUCCUUCUCCGUAUCGCGGCAGCUCCAAGGAAUCCAACAAUGAUCCCUUUGCCGCAUUGGAUGGAGGCGCCGCUGCCCGAAGCAGGAAGGCCGAUGAACUUUCGAAUCGAUUCCCUACCUUGGAUCAAUUUGAUAUCCUCCAUGAGAAGGGUGAUAAGUUCGAUUUCGAGCCGACAGUCAAAGAGAAGUCGGAUGAUGACGACCUGUCACAGCGUCUCACCAAUGCUUUGGCCGAUCAGGCUUUCGCUCGACAAACAUCACCCGAGCGUCCGCAGCGACAGGCCCCGUCGUCUAACCGCAACUCGCAAGCAUCGCCUGUGCGCCAGCCCCAGGAAGUGCCGAGACAAACUGCUCCGCUUUAUCAACCCACUCCUCAGCGACCCGCGAUGGUGUCGACCGGCACCAUGACCUCCCCCGCGCAAACACCGCGUCUGCAAGAACCAAAGCUGUCCAGCCGGCCGAUCUAUCGAUUCCCGCCUUCCGACCAAGAGCAUUCUGCCAGCCAGCCCUGGACUCAAGACGAACAGAAGGCGAAGGCGCCAUCUCCCCCAUCGUCAGGAUUGCGGCCUGAGGCAAGUCCGCGGCUGUCCUCUGAUCGGGUCGCCAACCUCUCCAAUUCUGCGCGCCCCUCGAUGGAGACCCUGCGACGACCAUCUGCUCUGGAUGCGAAAGACCCUGUGGGCCGCUCCAAGUCUUCUACUGCCAAGGCUCGCCCCGUAUCGGUGCAGGCAGGAUACAUGCCACGAGACGCAGGAAGAUCGCGGUCCUCACUGGACCUCUCGCAGUAUGAAGGCGGUGCUCCGCUCCGCCCAGUCCGCACAGAGCAGGAUCGUGGUGAAUAUGACCGAUCUAUCAUAUCUUCAGAUAUGGACUACCUCCGAGCCAAGGAGGAAGAAGAGAGCAACCGCAAGCGCGAGAAACGCUCUAGCGGCGGAGCGAAACACAGCAAGCGCGGCAGUUUGUCUUCACUUUCGCUAUCUGGUAGCAAGAAAUUAGUGGCAGGUCGCUUUGGAGAUGCAUUCCGCCGGUUCGAGAGCAGCAACAACCAGGACAAGCCCGGGACUCCCUCAGCCGAGGAAGCUCCGCAGCAAAGCCUGAUGAGCGAUACCGAAGCAACCAACGACAACGACGAUAUGUCGCCCUACGACGAGGUCGUCCUGGACGACUUGGACCGAGACGAUAUUUCCCCCGAGAUGCGCCGCGAGCUGGAGCGUCGCCGUCUCUCCCAGGAGGAGAAGCGCGUUGCGAACGCCGCGGCCGAGUACCGGCGCCGGGUCGCCGAGGGCGAUGGCAGCAAAGCCGGUGCGGACGUGCACCGAUCUCGCGCCAUUCAGAACCGUGUACAGACACUCCUCGGCGAGUCGAACAAGCCCGUCGCUGCGCCGAAGACGGCUUCGGGGUAUGGGAAGUACACUGAAUCCCCUGGUUUGCCGGCAAACCAGGGCGAUAUGCCGACAGCCGCCAGUAUUCCAACAUCGCGGACCCCCGGUCCUGUCUACGGCACCCGGGAAGGCGGCGUGUCCGUUCCAGACCGUUAUGAGGGCGCUAGUGCGCCAGCCGGACUCCCUCGAACUGUCACCUCCUAUUCGACAGAAUACUCUGCUGGCCCGCGUCCGGCAGCGCGCCCCGCUGCGCCGCCCAAACCGAAGAAUCUACGUGUAGGCGCUCAGGAUACUUCCAGACCUGGCACUAGUACGAGCGCCAAUGAUCAGAGCCCGUCUUUCCAGGCGACGCCGGCUAGUCCGGGUGAGGACUGGGAGACGAAUUUUAGUCGGCGAUUCCCCAGUCUUUCGGGGAUCGAGAUGGAGACGGAGAUUGAGAUUCCGAAGUUUCCCAAGCUGAGGACGCGGGAGGUGUAG